AUGGAUAAUGAAAAUGGCCCCAUACCAGCAUUGAGAUUAAGCUACAUUCAUCUUCCUUCCGAUCUUAAGAGGUGCUUUGCUUAUUGUGCUGUGUUCCACAAAGAUUACCAGUUUAGAAAAGAGAAAAUAAUUCAGUUAUGGCAAGCUAAUGAUCUUUUAGGGUAUCCUGGAGAAAAUAAAAGAAUUGAAAACAAGGCUGAGAAGUACUUUGAUGAACUGAUAAUGAGAUCAUUAUUUCAUAAGUCAACUGACCAUACUUUCUCCAUGCAUGACCUUGUCAACGAUUUGGCUAGGUUUGUUUUUGGGAAAUAUUGCCUUAGGUUGGAAGAUUAUCAGGAAGGCGAUGCUACAGUAUCUGGUGCAAGACAUUUUUCAUACCAUCCUAGUGUGUCUGACACAUUUCAUAAGUUUAAUCUCUUGAGGGGGACUAAGAAUAUAAGAACAUUCUUGCCAUUGAGAAUGCGUCAAGACUUGGAUUGUAAAUUUUCUCUAAGCAACAAAUUUUUAGAGGAUACCUUGCCCCAGUUCAUGUCUUUAAGGGUUCUAUCUUUGUCCUAUUAUGAGAAUAUUCUGAAGUUACCAAACUCAUGGAGUGGUUUGAAACAGCUUCGAUUUUUGGAACUCUCUUCUACAAAAAUAAAGGAGCUACCGAAGUGGAUAUGCGGUUUCUAUAAUCUACAAACUUUGUUGUUGUCAAAGUGCAAAGAACUUGAAGAGUUGCCAGCAAAUCUGGGAAAGUUAAUUAACUUGUGUUGCCUGGAUAUUAGUGAAACUCCACUGAAGAAAAUGCCACCACAAAUAGGCAGACUAAUAAACCUUCAAGUCUUGACUUCUUUUGUCAUAGGCAAAGACAAUGGUUUGACAAUUAAGGAGUUAGGCAAGCUUCCUAUGUUACGUGGUAAGCUAUUCCUUUCUGGGCUGGAAAAUAUUUCUAGUGGUAGGGAUGCAUCCUUAGCGAACAUGGAAGGCAAGAAAAACCUUGAAAAGUUAACUCUCAAGUGGGACGGUGAUGCUAACAAUUCACAAGUUGCAAAGGAUGUGCUUGAUAAACUACGACCUCAUUCGAGCAUUAAGUAUCUUAAAAUAGAAGGAUAUUGCGGGACCACAUUUCCAAAUUGGCUAGGCAACCCGUCAUUAAACCGUUUGGAAUCCUUAAUUAAGGUUCUUGCAAUCACUUGA